AUGUCGAAAACCCAAAAGUUUGCCAUUGAUGCUACCCAGGAGGAAGACUUUCCUAGAUGGUACAAAGAGUGUAUUACGAAAGCCGAAAUUUUAGAUUACCAUGACAUUAACGGAUGUUAUGUUCUACGGCCAAAUGGCUUCUUUAUCUGGAACACGAUCAAGGAAGAGUUCACCAAGAUGAUCACUAGCUUAGAAGUGCAAGAGGCGUACUUUCCAAUGCUUGUAUCAAAAAGCGCUCUAGAAAGAGAAAAGGAUCACUUGGCUGACUUUGCCCCGGAAGUAGCCUGGAUUACUGAGUGUGGCGGUCGGGUCUUAGAAAACCCGGUGGCCAUUCGUCCAACUUCAGAAGCGAUUAUGUAUCCAUACUUUGCCAAGUGGAUUCAGAGCUACCGCGACUUGCCAUUGAAGGUCAAUCAGUGGUGUAACGUCCUGCGAUGGGAAACCACCCAGACUAUGCCGUUUGUACGGGGACGAGAGUUCUUAUGGCAAGAAGGGCACACCGCCCACUUUACGCGGGAUGAGGCUGACAAGGAAGUCCUUCAAAUUCUAGAGUUCUACGCUCGGAUCUACGAAGAUCUGCUGGCAGUGCCAGUAACCAGAGGACGAAAGAGCAAGAAGGAAACCUUUGCCGGCGCGGAUUACACCACUACAAUUGAGGCUUUUGUGCCAAUGACCGGCCGAGGAAUUCAGGCAGCGACUUCGCACUCUUUAGGCACGAAUUUCUCAGAAAUGUUCCGGGUAAUGGUGGAGGACCCGAAGAAUCCCGGUGUAUCUAUGCCGGUCUUUCAGAAUUCAUGGGGGUUGAGUACGCGUAGUAUUGGUGUAGCUAUCUUAGUGCACUCGGAUAAUCGUGGAGUCGUUCUACCUCCUAAGGUAGCUCCCAUACAAGUAGUGGUCAUUCCCUGUGGUCUGGCCAAGAGCACGUCUGAGGAGGACAAAGAGGCCGUUCUAACUACUGUGGAAACAAUUCGACAGAGCUUAAUUGCUAUUGGUAUUCGAACUAAGGUCGAUCUAGCCAGUACAAGUCCGGGCCAUAAGUUUAAUCACUGGGAAGUCCGGGGAGUUCCUCUGCGCAUUGAGGUGGGACCAAAAGACCUUAAGAAACAAGAAGUUGUUGUUGCCUGGCGAGUCGACAAGACCAAAAAGACUCUUCCUCUUGAAGGUCUUCCUACUGCCGUUACUACCGAGCUCAAUGCCAUCCAAGCUACGAUGUACUACAACGCCAAGACCAAAAAGGACUUAGCUACUACCCAGGCCAACAACCUUGAUGAUCUCCGAGCUGCUCUUCAAAAGAAGCAAAUGGCAACUAUGCCCUGGUGUGGAGCCGUAGAGUGUGAAGCCACUCUUAAACUCCAGACUACCGAAACUGACGACCAAGGAACAGUCACAGCCAUGGGAGCCAAAUCUCUAUGCAUUCCCUUUACCACGACCGUGCCUACCGAGCCCUGUGCGGUAUGUCAAGAGCCUAGCACCUGCAUUGGUCUCUUCGGCCGCAGCUACUAA